AUGGUAAAAAAGGUUUCUACAGAUUUGUUUGAGCUGGCUGGUCAGAGAUACUUAGUGGUAAUGGACUACUACUCAAGGUUCAUUAAGAUAUUAAGCCUGAUGGAGAUAACAAGCCAAGCUGCGAUCCAGAAGCUGAAGUCGGUAUUUGCUCGAUGGGGUAUUCCAGAAGAACUGGUGAGCGAUAACGGCACACAAUUCAAAUCAGCUAUGUUCGACGAGUUCAAAGCAGAGUAUGGAUUUAAGCAUACUACAUCAAGCCCACAUCACCACCAGGCGAAUGGUUCUGCAGAAAGUGGAGUACGAAUCUCCAAGCGGAUCCUAGAACAGGAGGAUCCGUUCCUUACUCUUAUGGCCGAUCGUGCAACUCCUGUCCCAGCUACAAGAAAGACACCGGCAGAGCUGAUCAUGGGAAGACAGAUACGAACUACCAUCCCAACAAUGGUCAAAGUCUCACAGCGAAAGCUUACAGACCAUGCAGCAGUCAAGAAAGCAGAUGUUAAAGCAAAAGGGGGCUAUAGGGAGUCUUUUGACAGAAGGAAUGGCACAAGAGAGCUCCCGCCACUCCGACCAGGGAACUGGGUAGGAGUCAAGCUGGACUACAGAAUCUAA